AUGACUUCUGCGAGCGAAGUGAGGCGCAUCCUGGCGCUUUACGACGCUACCGAGAAGCGCAACAUUUCCACCUAUAUUCUCGGCAUUAUGCUGUACAAGUUUGGUCUCGAGCAGUUCAACGGUUCAGUCGUGACGAUGGCUACCGAUCGCUUCAAAGCUGAUCAUACCUUUGGCAAAUUGGCCGUCUUGACCGGUCUGAACUAUGCCAUGCAAUGUGUUGGCGCCAUCCUCAUUGCCCCCCUUGUUAAGAAAGCGCCCACACGUACGGUGCUCUCUGCCGCGAUCUUCAUAUUCUCCAUCAUGUCCGCUGUCCUCCUCGUUGUCGAUGCUGCCACCGGUGGUAAGAUCAAAGCCAACAACAACGACCAAGUCGAGUACGGUAGUUGGAAUCCCAACGGUCUCUUCCCUAUCUAUAUCAUCUCGGGUAUCGCCUACGGCAUGGUUGAACUCAUUCGCCGGGUUAUCCCCAGAGACAUUGUGGGUGCAAACCCGGAGAAGUUGAGGAGGAUGGACGCUUUGGUGCACAUCAUGUAUGAAUUGUCUGGUACAGGAGGCGCCUUUGCCAGCACGCAACUUAUUGCCAAGCUGGGCAACAACUACUCCUUCAUCAUCACACCUCCUCUCUUUGCGCUGGCGGCCAUCGUUUGGUACCAAAUCUCUGCCCUCUCCUUCGGGGUUAGGGACUUUCAAGCAGGCGGCCCCGUUGUAAUCGGGCGCGAGCAACGUAACCCCUUCAUCGGCUACACUCUCGCUGUCAUCGAAGGUUUCCGACUCUUCAUCCUUUCGAUCAUCAAGGGGGCCCAACUGGUCCUCUUACAUCGUAAAUAUGUAUGGUUAUUCUUUUCGUACAGUGUAGCGCUUCAUUGCCACCGCUAUCUUGAAAACGCCAUCGCCCCCAUUUACGCCCGUCGUACCCUCAACAAUUCGAGCCUUUCUCAAGCCCUCGUGGCGUUUUCCAACUUGGGUGAAUUGUUCGGUGCCCUUUUCGUCUUUAUUUUUGCCAGCAAUGUCAAGACCCCAAUUCCCUGGCUUCGCCUGGACGCUUUACUCCUGAUGAUCAUUUGGGUCGUUCCGUUCUUCAAGCGUGAGCAACACGGGACUAUCAUCGCAUACCAACUGGGUGCCUGUUUCAUCCCUAUCUCAUUCGGGUGGGCCACUGGUGACGUUUCAUUAGCCGCAUAUAUCCAGUCAUCUCUCACCCACUCGGACGACGAGGACGACUCCCAGGUUUCUUCCCUCGGGAGUAUCAUGGCUUUCCUCUACUCGGCAUACAUCAUUAUUUACGCUGUCAUCUCGAAAGUCCUCGGAGACUACGUUGACCGAGUCAUCGUCCGCAAGGGCAGCGUGUACGACGCCCUCAUUCACGUCGGCGGCAUCCACUUCAGUGUGUUAGCAUUCAUCAUCUUGGUCUCCACUUUUGUUCCCAAGGGCGCCUUCGCUUUCAACCCCGAGAUCAUUCACAUGAAUGAGAGGCCUGGCGUAUCCGACCGGUACAACGUUGAAGCCCGCAAGGCACAACCCAGUGAUGAUGAAGGGAGUGAAGAGAAGCUCGCACCCUAA